AUGACAGACUUCGAAAAGGCGUACGAAAAGGCGAUCGCAGACAAGAUUCUUCCUGGAUAUGCUCUUCUCGCGGGCAACAAGGACGCCCUGAGGUGUGUCGAGGAAGGACGAAUCACGCUCGAUGAAGACGUGGCCAGAUACUUGCCUAGUAUUGGAAAGUACGGUAUUAUGACGAGCUUCGACGAAAGGACGAAUGAGGCGGUCACUGUGCCCAACACCACGCCGAUCACCCUGAGGCAAGCGAUGCUUCUGAGUCACACGAAUGGCCACGAGUACGAUUGGCUCAACCCUGAUUUGACGAAGUGGCGCGCAAGCCGCGGAGAGAUCCCAUCUUGUGGACCAACUAUUGAGGAAAAACAUACCCUGCCGCUUCUCUACGAACCAGGCACCAGCUUCAAAUACGGCCCGGGAUCGGAUUGGGCAGGCAAGGUCAUCGAGAAAGUGUCGGGGAAGACACUCGAUGCCGUCAUGAAGGAGAAGAUCUGGGAUCCUCUUGGGAUAACAGACAUCAGCUUCUUCCCAAAAGAGAGAUCCGAUAUCAAAGAUCGCGUGGCGAACAUCAGCACGCUCAAUGAGCAGGGUGAGGGGCCGGCGACGGAUGCUGGAGGGUUCGACGUGUUCGUCGAUGCCACAGACUGCCUAGGAGGUGUAGGUGCUUUCGCGAGCGCAGAAGCCUACUUUAUCUUUCUUCAAUCCGUAUUGAAGCGCGACUCGAGGCUUUUGAACGACGACUCUUGGGACGAGCUUUUCAAACCGCAGCUCGAUGAGAGAUGCAAGGAGGAGCUGAACGACUACCUCAAGUCUUCACCUCUUCACACGCAGCUUCUUGGUAUGGGUCUACCUGCAGAUAUCGAGAAGCAAUGGUCGUUCGCUGGAAUGAUAGCCGAACAAGGCCAGGAAGGACGUAUGAAUGCUCGGACAGUCUGCUGGGGCGGCGUUCCUAGUUUGACCUGGUAUCUCGACUUCGAAGCUGGGGUCUGCGGUGUGGCGUUCUGCCAGGUCAUACCGCCGAUGAGCCCGCGCAUAUUGAAGCUGCAUGAAUUGUUUCAAAGAGCAAUUUAUGAGAAGGUGGCCGCCUGA